CGGGCGGGGCUCUGAGACGUUCAUGGCGGCGGCCCCAUGUUGAUGUCCCCGGCGCCCUCCGCGUCUAUCUAGAUCAAUCAUGUCAUCCUUUCAAGAAGUUCCAUCUUCAGCUAACACUUUGCAGACUUCCAAUUUUGCACAUGUGAUUUUUCAAAAUGUGGCAAAAAGUUACCUUCCAAACACACAUCUUGAAUGUCACUAUACUCUGACCCAGUUUAUACAUCCUCAUCAGAAAGACUGGGUUGGUAUUUUCAAGGUUGGUUGGAGUACAGCAAGAGAUUAUUAUACAUUUCUUUGGUCACCUAUGCCUGAAAAUUAUGUGGAAGGAUCAAUUGUUAACUGUGUCCUGACAUUUCAAGGCUAUUAUCUACCAAACGAUGAUGGAGAAUUUUACCAGUUCUGUUAUGUGACGCAUAAAGGAGAAAUCCGUGGAGCAAGCACACCUUUCCAGUUUCGUACCUCUUCCCCUGUUGAAGAGUUGCUCACUAUGGAAGAUGAAGGAAACUCUGAUAUGUUAGUGGUGACCACAAAAGCUGGACUUCUUGAGUUUAAAAUUGAAAAAAUCAUAAAAGAAAAAGAAGAGCUAUUAAAGGUAACUUCUGUUCUGGAAAAAGAAACAGGGCAGCUCAGAGAUCAGGUUGAAAGACUGGAAAAAGAACUUAACCAUGAAAAGCAGAGAUGUGAUCAACUACAAACAGAGCAAAAGAAUAAUAUUCAGGCAUCAGAAGCUCUUAAAUCUGAAAUGGAUGGUUUGAAGAAGAAGCAUGAUGAGGCUGCUUCAAAAGUUCUCCAGCUUGAAGAAGAUAUUGUGACUGUUACUCAGAAAGCCAUUGCAAAAGAAACUGAGUUAGACAGUCUGAAGGACAAACUGAAGAAAGUGAUGCUUGAGAAGGAGCAACUUGAAUCUGUGUUAAAGACAGAGAAGGACGAAAAAGAACUUUAUAAGAUACACUUGAAGAAUACAGAAAUAGAAAACACCAAACUAGUAAAAGAAAUCCAGACGUUUAAGAAUUUGGAUGCAAACAAAGAAAACUUGAUAUCGUAUUAUAAAGAGGAGGUUGGCAGAUUACAGCUAUUAAUAGCUGAAAAAGAAAAUACAAAGAAAGCUUUUUUGCUCUCCUCAUCAAACAAGGAGGAUGCAAGUAUUCUAAAAGAAAAGCUUCGAAAAGCUGAAGAUCAGAUUCAAGUUAGCAAACAAGAAACUGUCCUAAUGUCAAAAGAGCUGAGCGAUGCAGUAAAUCUGCAAGAUAAGACAAUGGCAGAUCUUCACAGUGCACGUCUGGAAAAUGAAAAAUGGAAACAGCAGCUUGCUGAUGCUUUAGCUGAGCUUAAAAAAGUCACAGCUUUGAAAAACGAACAGGAAAUUUCAAACACAGUGGAGCAGGAGCUGCGUAGAGAGGUUGAAGAUCUCAAGCUACGUCUGCAAAUGGCUGCUGACCAUUACAAGGAAAAGUUCAAAGAAUGUCAAAAACUUCAAAAACAAGUGAACAAGUUUACAGAACAGGCAAAAAUUGCAGGGCAUCAACAGAAACUGACAGAUGCACCUAACAUUGAGACAGCUACUGCCAUCCUUACAGACAAAAAGUUGCCUGCAUCUCCAGUUAGCCCCAUUUCAUCUGACAUAGUUUCGGAAUUCAUGGUAAAGGAGCAAGUACGUGAAAUGAAUAAAGAAAUUGCUGAGAAAACAGAGAAGUAUAAGAAAUGCAAGCAAAUGUUGGCAGAUGAGAAGUUGAAGUGCAGUGUUUAUGCUGAUGAGCUUGCUAAACUGGAGCUGAAAUGGAAAGAACAAGUGAAAAUCAAUGAGAGUAUAAAAUUACAGCUAGCAGCAAUGGAGGAUCAGUAUAAAGUUCAGCUCGCAGAGAAGGAGAGAAGAAUAAAGGAACUGGCAUCACAGUUGGACCUUGUUACAAGUGAGAAGGAACUUGGCAGGACACCAGGAAAUCCAACUGGAAGGAUGAUGGAAGGACAGAUUUCACAACAGGCAUUACAUUUCCGCAACCCAUAUUCUGAGGAAAACGGGCCAGUUCCUGCAGUGCCAAGUAGACUACAAGUACUGCAAUAUGGAAACCCUUAUGUAAUUCAAGAAAGAAGAGAUGGAGCAGAUGGUGCUUUUAAUCCUGAUGAGAUCCAAAGACCACCUGUUAGAGCUUCCUUUUGGGAGCUAGAAGAUGAUGUGGUGUGUAGUCAGCCUUCACGCAAUCUUAGUCGACCUGAUGGUUUAGAAGAUCCUGAGGACAGCAAUGAUGAUGACAACACUGUACCUUCUGCCCCUGACCCUCCGAGUCUUCUCUUGCAUCAACGUGGAACAGGUUUCUGCUUUGAUUCCAGCUUUGAUGUGCACAAGAAGUGCCCUCUCUGUGACCUGAUGUUUCCACCAAACUAUGACCAGAGCAAGUUUGAGGAGCACGUGGAGAGCCACUGGAAGGUGUGCCCCAUGUGCAGCGAGCAGUUCCCGCCCGACUACGACCAGCAAGGCUUCGAGAGGCACGUUCAGACGCACUUUGAUGGGAAUGUGUUGAAUUUUGAUUAAAUGCUUUGGUUUGCAGUGUAGCUUAAAGCCCGCACCUUUGAGUAGUCACCCACGGAACAGAACCAGCCCAGCUUCUCUGUAAUGAUGCAAACUGCCGACUCGGAGCGGUGGCUCUAAGCUGCUGUUGGGUUGUCUUCUGUCUCUUUACCAAACACGAUACUAACCCCCCCAACCUUGUUCUGUAUGUAGCUGUUGAUUCCUCUCCUUAGUGGAAUCUGUAAGGACCCAGGAUUGACUUAGCCUCAGAAGAAAAGACCAUCUUCAUGAUGCUCUUCAGCUACGUACAUAAAAAAAGCCGUACUGCCUGUGGCUUCUUUUGACUCUGAUAACUGAGGCACAAUUAAAAAGGUAACAAACAGGUGUUUCUCCUAGACAAUGUCUAGUUUUUCUUUGAGCAACAGUUAAAUCUGAAAGUUACGUUACCCCCUGAAAAGAUAGUUUUCUAGUACACUUCUGAACUGCAGAUGCACGUACUGUCAGGUUACAUGCUUGCAACAGAAGGGAUGGCAAACCCUGCAGUCUGGCACAUGGAAUGUUUGCCUUAAGCGAUGACUAAAUUCAAGUCAGUACGUUACACCGUGAGGCUGUAUUUUUGAGUUCAAAGACACUGCUGUGCUUAAAUGCCUACAAGUAAUUGUUUAAAAAAGUGUUACCCUUAUGUUGCAGUUGCAUUCAGUAGAUCUUGUUAUUUUUUUUUUCAAGUGGCUUGUGUUCCUUUGGCUUGGGGCUUUUAAGACCUUCUGCAUUUUCACUUUCUGUAUUUCUUUUAAGUAAAACCCUGUGUGUAUAUCUAAA